UUCCUAUUCGAUCUCAGGAUGAUAAUGAAGAUUUUAUGCAAGAAUUGGAAAAAUUAACUAUAAGUGAUAGCAAAAUCUGUUUACCAACCACUAAUAAUCUGUCAAAUAAAGUAAUCGAAGCGACUGAAGCAACCAAAGUGACCGAAGCAACUAAAAUGAUUGAAGAAGACAUAGUCGAUAAGGCUGAAACUUCUGAUAAAGAAGAAAAUUAUGAAAAUCAGUUAGAGAAUGGUGAAAUUGUAAAUGAUGAACUACCUGAAUUUGAAUUUGAUAAGCGUACUACUCACCCAGCAGAUGAUUCAUUAGCAAAAUAG